UCUGUGCCGGGGCUGGCCCGAGCGCGGCCCCGGCGGUGGCCGAAACCCACGGUCUCAGCAUGCCCCACACAGCCCCGCAGGCCGGGGUCACAUCCCUACGGCUCCCUCCGUGCCGCGGGGCGCUCGGAGCGGCUCCCGCGCCGCUCGGCUCCGGCCGUUCCCCUCCAGCAUCCCCGGGUGGCUCCGCUCCAGCUCCGACACGCGGGACUGAAAUGACCUUGGACGCCAGGACCAAGGGCAGCUCGCCGAAUCCCGCCAGGGCUCCCUCGGGCCGCGGCCGCCCGCCCGCCGGUACCUCCCUCCGUCUCUGAGCUCCUGGGGUUUAGUGGGAGGCGGGAUCCCUGCCUGGUUCGCUCCGGCCUCCGCCGCGCUCUUCUCCGGCAGCGGAGGAAGGAUCCAGCUAGAAUCGCUCGCCGACGGAGGGGCUCGCACCGGACCUUUUUCUGGCUGGAUCCCAUCGCCGUUGCCACGCUGAUGCAUGAGAAGGCAGCUCCCCUGAAGAGCCCCGAGCCCAGGCACGGUCGUGAGAAGCUGGAGGUGUUCCACAAGCAGAAGAGUUUGGAUUCCCUCGAUGGCAGCCUCCGCCUGAAUGAAUCCCUCAAGGAUGAGGACAUCAAGAAAUGCCACCGGGAAGUGGCUGCUAGCAAGUACAACUCCCAGUACCACAAGCUGUUCAAGGACAUCCCAACGGAGGAGAGCGUGCUGAAAGUUUGCUCCUGUGCACUCCAGAGAGACAUUCUCAUCCAAGGAAGGCUUUAUAUCUCCCCCAACUGGCUCUGCUUCUACGCAAACCUUUUUGGGAAGGACAUUAAGGUUGUGAUCCCAGUGGUGUCUGUACAGCUGAUAAAGAAGCACAAGACAGCUCGACUGCUGCCCAAUGGCCUGGCCAUCACCACCACUGCCAGCAGAAAGUACAUCUUUGUAUCCCUCAUCUCUCGUGACAGCGUCUAUGAUGUCCUGAGGAGAGUCUGUACCCACCUGCAGGUUUCCAGUAAGAAGAGCUUGAGUCUGAAGGAGCUGUCGGAGGAGCCGGACUCCGUGUCGCUGGAGGUGAUUGUCCCUGAGGGCAAGUGGAGGAAGGUGUCACCUACCUCGCUGUCACUGUCACUGCCUGAUGCCAACUACCAGUGCAUCCACCGGACCUCUGUCAGCAGCCUGAGUGCCAAGGAGAGCUCCUUCACCUCUGAGGAGCCACUGGUUUCGGAAAGUGCAAUAAAUACCGAGGAGGAGCUGGAGGUGGAGCAGAGCUGUGUGGCAGAGCUGAGACCCUCUGACUACCAGCUCCUGAAGAUCUUCAUCGUGCUCAUCUGUCUCCUGGUUGUGUCCUCCUCAUACCUGGCAUUCCGCAUCUUCCGUCUGGAGCAGCAGCUCUGCUCUCUGAACCGGGAUUACCUCUCCCGCGGGCACAGGAGGUGAGGGACCCUCAAGGACAUCUUGGAACACACAGGUUGUGCCAUGAGUGGAGGACUUGAUGGAAUGUGGGUGCAAAGAGGAAUGGUUCCAUGUCUAAGGAAUGCUUUGUCCCUUAUCCUGGGCCUGCUGUUGGGCUGCAGAACCCACAGUGCCAUGUCCACACUGGAGGUGAUCCCAUCAACUGCUGAUUUGAAUGACUGGGAAGCCUCUGCUGUCCCUGAGACUCUGGAGCUUGGGAAGAAGUUUCCUCAUUGGUUUGGGGCUGGCUCUCCAGUUUCAGGAAGCACCAGGACAUCUCGUUGGAGCUGAGCUGUGCCUGGGGGCUAAGGCCAUGGGCAUCAGCGUGGGAUGGACAGGAGGGGCAUCUUCUUGGGCUGAGGACAUCAGAAGGCACCA